AUGGCUAGGAUCCUACAGAUAUUCAGGAAGAACUACACAAUCCGAAAUAUACCUGUCUCAGCAGUCCACCCAGCCUUCACUGCAUCAAUCAUCCAUCUUCUUCACAUUAAAUCAACAGGAAACCACGGUAGAAGCGAGGCCAUGAGGUGUCUCUAUAUCUGUGUCAAAUCUCUCUAUGAGAUGAACGUGAACUGGAACUGGGCCAACCGAUCUAUCCGAGCAAUCUUGUCGCUAGCUCGAGAAUGGGAGAUCGACAUUUGGGCACAUGGUCUCGCACAAGAGAUCAAUGAAGAGAGCCGACGACAAUUUGAACGGUAUGAAAUGGACGACUUGGUGGUUUUCCAUGAGGGCACAGAGAGUAGUUUUGAGCAUGUUUAUUCGCUGGACGAAAUCUUUGAGUCUUGGACCUUAAUGCAGUUCUUGGAUAUUGAGUAUCCUGCUUCCGAUAUGAGCGAGGCCUGA